CAGAAGGUGAGAGCCUGACAAGAGCAGGGAGAUUUGUGCCAGGCGAGGUUUGGCAGUGCUUAGCCCAGACCCCAGGAAAGAAAGGCCGGCCAUGCAGCCGCCUGUGGGACAAAGUCUGGCUCCCAGCAGCUCCACAGAGGCUCUGGCACAGGAGCCUCCUCCACCAGGCGCCUCUGUGGGCUCAGACCCAGCAGUGGCCACAUCCUGCGCCCUGCCCGGAGCUGUGGGGCUGCCUGGGGGGGCCCCGAGGCCGCUGCUGAUGGAGCUGCUUGGCUCUCGGCAGCGCUGCUGUGUCUGCGGCCAGAGCGGGGCCACCAUCAUGUGCUGCGAGGAAAACUGUGACAGAUGGUUCCACCUGCCCUGUGCCAAGGAAGGCGGCUGUGUCACUCAAUAUAUUUCAAAUUAUAGCUCCUACUGCUCUGAGCACCGUCCAGAGCAGGACGUGCAGGAGACUCCAGAGCCAGACACCAAAUGCCCCAUCUGCCUGGAGCCUGUGGAGGAUAGAAAUACCUUCACCACCAUGGUGUGCCCAGCGUGCAAAAGGGCCUGGUUCCACAGGGACUGCAUCCAGGGACAGGCCAUGCGCUCUGGUCUUUUAUGCCUCCAUUGCCCCCUCUGCAGAGACCUUCAAGAAUUUCUUGUACAUAUGUUCAUCAUGGGGAUCCGCGUCCCCUUCAGACUGCCAACAUGGGAGGACAACGAUGCCUUCGCCGACCUAGAAGAGAGGCACAGCUGGUGCAAUGCCAGGAAAUGCCUUUACCCAGGAGGCAGGGAGCAAGCAGAGGAAGAGGGGCCCUGGGAACUGCUCCUAUGUUCCUCCUGUGCUGCUGAAGGCACCCACAGGCGCUGCUCUGGCCUGACAGCAAAGAGAACUAGUUGGGAGUGUGACAGCUGUGCUGGUCUUGGCACAGCCCCCAGGGAUGUGCCAGAGAUCAAUGGCUGCAGCCUGGCUGGACAGUCACGACUGGGGCCUUCUCACAGUUCUCCAGAAUCAGAGGACGGCAGUUCCAGCUCCUCCAGCCCGGGGCCAUCAGGUCUGGCUCCCCAAACUUUGCCUCUAGAGACCCACAGCCGCAGCAGACGCCGACGUGCAGCAUCACAGCAGUUGCUGCCAUAUUCCUCUCGGAAGAGCAGAAGCCGCAGCGCACACAGGGAGGCAACACCAGGGUCAGAAAACCGUAGAUCCUCAGACCCUGAGCACAGGGUCCGUUCCAGAUGUGCUGGGCCUGACUGCAGGCGAAACCGCUCUCGCCAGCAAGUCUCGGCUGCCAGACACCAGCAGCCGCAGCAGUGUCCGACGUGCAGCAUCGUAGCGGUCUCCCAAUCUUCCUUGCCAGACAGCAGCAGCUCCAGCCCGCUGACAAGCACCACGUGUGACAAGAAGCAGGAGGCCUCUGAUGCCAGGGAGCCAGAGAGACAACCAGCAGCUGCAGCAGACUGCAGCGUUCCUGCACAGGAACUCAGGCUGACAGCUGCCAUGUGUGACAGGAAGGAGGAGGCCCCUGAUGCCAGGGAGCCAGCAUGCAUGCUGUGUCACCGCACGGAGGCCGACCCGGACAUCUGCGGCAACAAAGUGGAGAAGUUUGGGCUCUGUGCCCACACGUUCUGCCUGGCAACAAUCGUGUAG